UUGCUGAAGGUGAAUGACUGCUCCAGUGCUUCAGAUGAUGUAGAGACCAAAACAAGAGUAGCAGUUAAAAAACUGGCUAGACCAUUCCAAUCUGAGAUAUUUGCCAAGCGGGCUUACAGAGAAAUCAGGAUGCUCAGGCACUUUGAUCAUGAAAAUUUGAUCAACCUCCUGGAUAUAUUUACACCAAACAAAAGUUUUGCAGACUUUUCUGAUGUAUAUCUUGUAACCCCAUUGAUGGACACUGACCUUCAUGACAUACUCAAGUGUCAAAGUCUACAAGAUGAGCAUAUCAAAUUUCUUCUCUACCAAAUUCUUAGGGGUCUUAAGUACAUUCACUCAGCUGGAAUCAUUCACAGGGAUUUAAAGCCAAACAACAUUGGAGUUAACCAGAAUGUUGAGCUAAAGAUUCUGGACUUUGGACUGGCUCGGUCAAAUGCCGAAGAGAUGACAGGAUAUGUUGUGUGUAGGUGGUACAGAGCACCUGAGAUUAUACUUAACUGGAUGCACUACAAUGAGAGAGUUGACAUAUGGUCUGUUGGAUGCAUCCUUGGGGAAAUGAUUACAAGAAAACCUCUUUUUAAGGGAAUGGAUCAUAUUGAUCAACUUAAUAAAAUUUUAGGACUUGUUGGAAAACCUUCUGAAGAGUUUAUUUCAAAAAUUGCCAGCAAGGACGCUCAGGGUUAUAUCAGGUCGUUGCCAAAGCUCAAGAAGAAAAAUUAUCAAAACUUUUUUGCUGGUGCCAAUUUACAAGCUAUUGAUCUGUUGGAAAAGAUGCUUGACCUUGACCCUGACACUAGAAUCUCAGUGGACGCAGCCCUCCAGCACCCUUACAUAAGGCAGUACCAUGACCCAGAGGAUGAACCAACUGCUCAACCUUUUGACAGCUCUUUUGAAAAUAAAGGCCUCAAUACUGAGGGAUGGAGACAACUUGUAUACCAAGAGUUGACAGGCUUCACGCCCCCUACAAAAUCACAGGAUGCUGGGGAAUAAAAGAUUACAAGCUCUCUCGUCUGUAUUUGUGACAAGCCAUUCUCGGUUCUGAUUUCUUCCAAAUAAGCCCUUCAUAUCUACAGUUACUAAAAUAUAUUUUACGGCUGUGAUUUUUUGCUCACAAAUUUAACUGCUUUUAUGCUCAUUAACCUUGUUCCUUGAUAAUUCAUUCUGAAAAAAAAAGAAGGCAUAAUAUUUUUAGUACAUUUACACAAAAAGAUCAUAAUACUUUUAAAGCUAAAAAUGAUUGUUUUCAAGUUGUGUGAUCUAAACACAUGUUCAUGAUUAAAAAAAAAAUUCUGUCCAUUUGUUUUUAAAAGUUUUAUAUCAAAGAUCUGUUUGUAGCUUUUUAAUAUAUUUUGAAGAAGCUUCAGUAGAAUCUGAUUGUUGAAAAUCAGCUUAACCCAACUCAUCAAUUGAGUUCUCUUAUGUACUAUUGAUUUUUCCUAUACAAACAUUGACACCUGGUUGUAAAUAUUUUUAAUACAUAUUUAUGACAACACUUUGCAUUUGUAGUACAAAUUCUUAUGAUUCAUUCAAGCAGACUUUUAUUUUUUUUUAAAUUGCCUUUAAAACAGCAUCUAAAAUAAUACAGUAGCUUAAAAUGUUCUGUUGGUAGUUGUGUCACCUAGUUAGAUUUUUUUUACAUACGGAUAAUUUGUUGUUAAUUUUCUUUAACUAUAGUAAUCUCUGAAAACUUUGUUAAUCAUUUUUGUUUAUGUAUGUAUGAACUACCUUUGAAUUAACUACUUAGGUAAAGUUUAGAUCAUUCUUUUUAAGUUCUAAUGAUAAUGUUUGAAACAAAAAAUUGUAUGAAUUUAAAAUUAUGUAGUGUACAAGAUGUACCGUGAGUUUGUGCCUUGGGUUGUGAAUAGCUAGGUAUUCCUAAAAUUAUUGCUGAAAUUGUUCAUAGCUAGAUUCUAAAUCCUAGUUUGAUGAUAAUGGACAUUUCAUGAAAUGUGCUACAUGCUGUUGACUGAGAUGUUGCCUGUAGGCUGUUCAGACGGUGCUCCUUUACUACCGCCUUGUGCACCUCUGGGUGGGUGCUAAGUGAAGAAUUCUUUUCACUUUAAGCUUACAAUUUUUUUUAAAAACUGUAAUGCUUAAGAAACUUUUAGUACUAUAUGAUUGUAUACUUUCAGGAUAAAAUGUUUUAGAUGAGAAUUAAGCUAUGAUGUGUGAUCACCCAUAAAUGAUGUCACAAUUCUGUCAUGACCCCUAACUUGGUACUGUAGUCAGAUAAUUUAAUAGCCUUUUUCUGUCACUGUACAGUUGUAAAUUUUGUUAAUUCAUUGUUACUUAUCAUGCAUUUUUAACUGCUGUGUUUUAUGUUGUUUUUGGUGAAACUGCUAACAUAUUUAGCAUGUUUGAGAAUAGAUAAGUGGGGAAUGAUUUAAUAAAUAUACUACAGAUCAACACAAAUUUCUAGUCGCCAGAUAAUGUAAGCAAGUAUUUUUUUAUCACAGUAGGCCUACAUUUUGACUUUAGAGUCAAACACUUUGUACAUUUUUAUGAAGUUUUAGUUAUUUAGUUGAGCCUCUAUUUAGAUAAGGCAUGUUGUAGACAAUUCCAGGAACUCUUCUCUGAGUUGGUUCUUGUUCAGGAUGAUCUGUCCAGUAGUUUUUCUUAGUGAUUCAAUAAAUGACGAAAUAGUUUUAGAAACAUACAAUUAUUUUUACCUUAAAGGCAUUUAAGUUGCUUAAGUGUAAACAAUUUGUAAUUACACUUAACCUUUUUAACAAUUUUGAGCCGUGGCUUAUGCAGGACUUAGUUAUGGGGAUGUUCCAUAAUUUUGGUAUGUGUAUAUGUAUGUUAUAUAUAUACAAAUUUUGGUUUUAUGAUAUCAAUAUUUUGAAAAAGCAUAAAGCGACAUGACCAACCAAUAGCUGAAACUUCACCUGAAACUGCAGUUAUUUGUGUGGUCCAUGGUUUUUUUUAAGAGCUCCUGCCCAUUUUACUGAUAUAAAAGAUGUUCUUGCCUGUUGUUUAGAAUUAUAAUAUUACUAUUAUGUCUUUGAUUUUAUAAAUUUUGAAGUCAUAUUCAUUAAAUGAAAGUGUUAGGUGUAUCUUUUAAGGUUAAAAAUUCUUUAGUGCCAUCUUUUUAUUUACAUUAAUUCUACUUCCGUCACCAGUCUUGAAGCAAAAUAUAACUCUGACUUACCAGAACAAAAUGGGCUUUGUGGAACAGCUAUUUUAGACACAAAAUGUGGGGGUGGGGAGCUUUGUAUUAUUGAUUUUGGAAAUUAAUUUAGGUUUGGUAUAAAGAUGCCAGAUUUUUAUCAAUGUAUGAAAUGUUUUAUGGCAUUUAAAAAGCUGAAAAAACUACCUUUAGGUGCCGAAUGAGUCUUAAGAGAGUCACAAAUAAUCUUGACUGAGUCUCGAUUGUUAUCUUUGGGUUUCUGUUUUGAUCAUUCUACUUAUGUAACAUCGCCUUAAAAUCUAUUUCUAGAGUGAUAACAAUAAUCUACUUAAUAUUGGGAUCUAUUUUUCUACUUUUACAGCACAUUUCACAAGUUUUACUUUUUAUUACAUAUCUUUUCUCAAUUUUUUCUUUACUGGUGAAUUUAUUGUUUCAUACAUUUUUUAUUUUAUACAAAUUUCAUGUUUUUAAUUUUGUAUUUAAUGAGCAAUAGAGAAGUCCAUUCUUAAAGUAUACAAGUCAGUGUUUUAUGAAACAGUAGUAGCUGUAUUAAUGAGUAUGCAAGCCUUUAGGUUAGUCAAAUUUAUAUUUUUACAGUAUUUCUAUCACGAUCAACACAGAAUUUAUGUUUUGUGACUUUUGGCACUAGAAUUAUUGUAAUUUCUGUGAACAUUAAAUAAAGCAAGUAUGCAAUACAUUUGUAAUACAUUUUGUCUUAAGUUUUUAAUAAGUACAAACAUUUUGAUGCAUUUGGCAUUUGCAAAUUUUAAUGUUAUGGACUACUUAGGAAAAAAGAAAUUUUUUAUACAGCAGAUUUUGUGUUUGUUUUUCAGCCUGAAUCAGUGUUUUCAAACCGGGAUGCUUGGAUACCUAAGUAGGUGCAUACAGAUGCUGGGGGGGGGGGGGGGAGAUAGUUUAACAGAAAUGUAUCAUUUAGGUUAACAAAAAUGUAUUUAAAAAUAAAUACUUAUAUUCAUUACAUUAGUUUUAUCACCAAAGUAAUAUUUUUUUUUAUCUAAUGCAAAAUGAUUUUUGCAAUGUUUCAUAUUGCCUUUACCUAUCCCAUAGUGGGAUCUUGUUUUAACCUUUUAUCGUGCAACUAAAAAUUAUUUGUUCUUUAGAAGUAUAGACCAUUCGCUCAUACAAAUACACAUAACUAAACAAAUAGGUAAAAUAUGUUUUAUGGGGGAAAGGCCGAAGGGAGGAGCCAAUAUAUUUUUUUAGGAAGGUGUGAUCACAAAAGUUUGGAAACCACUAGCCUAAAUAGGGCUUUUUUUAAAUUUGCAUUUAAAAUGAAACUAAGGUAUCAACAACUUCAUAUUUUGUAUGUGCUUAGCCAUACAGGCUUAUAAUGUACAGUGUAUAUAUUUGUGCAUAAGAAUGUAAACAUUGGAGCUAAUAAUAAAAAGUUGUAUGUUCUACUGUUACUUAACUUUUGUGAAGUAAAAUCAAUAUCUGUGUAAAUAUGAUCUCUAAAAAUUGUAAAGCUAAAGCAUUACAAUGAAAAAUUAUUUGUUACAGAAUAUUUUGCCAGUGAAGUUUUUUUUACUAAUCAAAACUUUUUUUUUAAAUAAGUGCUGUAGCUAAUGUAAACAACCAAAAGUUAUUUUCUGCUGUACCGGUGUGGGAGUAACAUGAAAGAUUUAUUACCAUGACAGUUAGGCUAGGGUGUAAAUGUUCAUUAACUGCUGUUCAGUGACAAUAAAAUAAACUA